CAAAAACUUCCUUCACACUGACCACCACUUUUCAAAAUCACACACACAUCCUCUCCGUGCAUUCCCGCGCCGGCUAAUCAAAUUCUCUCAAAAAGUAAUCUCGAAUUAGAACAAUGUCAUCAUCAUUUGAUGCACCAAACUCCUUCGAUCUCACUACAUCAACACAAUCAGCCUUCGGAACAAGUGAGCAUACAUUUGCCGAUGUCGGAAAUUUGGAUCAUUGUAUCAAAUAUUUGAAUCAGACUUUAGUCACAUUUGGAUUCCCGGCUUCACUCGAUCUCUUUGCAACUGAUCCGGUUUCGGUUGCGAGGACUUGCAAUUGUAUGUACUCGUUGUUGCAGCAAAGGCAACGUGAUAUCGAGUAUCGUGAGUCUGCUAGUGACCAGAGGCAACGGCUUUUGUCAGACAUAUCAAGGUUAGAGGCCAAAGUAGAGAGAUUGGAGUCCCAAAUAUCUGCAAAAGAUAGGGAAAUAGCGACUAUUACCCGCACGGAAGCAAAAGCCAAAGCAGGUUUUAAAGCACAAAUUGACAAGUUACAGCAGGAGAGAGAUGAGUUUCAAAAGAUGGUUAUAGGAAGUCAGCAAGUUAGAACCCAACAGAUACAUGAGAUGAAGAAAAAGGAAAAGGAGUACAUUAAGUUGCAGGAAAGGCUAAACCAAAUUACAAUGGAGAAAAAGAAGGAAUCGAGGUCAGGCAUGGAAAUCAUGAAUUUGCUUAAGAAAGAAGGGAGACAGCGUGGGACUUGGAACGGAAAGAUGACGGAUAAGGAUUUCUAUAAAAAGACUGUGGAUGCAUAUGAAGCCAAAAAUCAAGAAUUGGUUGACGAAAACACUGACUUGAGGGCAUUGUUACGAUCAAUGCAGGUGGAGAUGCGUGAUUUCUUGAAUGCCCCUAACGUCACAUCCAAACAUCCUUCCACUGGGAAUAAAAUGCUGGAUACUGAUGUGUCUCAAUCCCCACUGGGAGGAAGGACGGAUAUCUUUGAUCUACCAAGUUCAAUGGGUAGAGAGCAAAUAGAAGCUUUUCUUCGAAACAAAGUUGCUUCAAUAAAGGAACGCAUGGGUCAGCUACAAGAUGCACAAAAAGAAACGGAAGUCAUUUGUGAAGCGACUGAGAGAGAGCUUGAAUUGGAAGCUCAACUUGUUGAAGCAAGGAGUAUUAUCCAGGAACAGGCAUCUAUCAUGUCGAAACGUGUUGCAAGUUCUGAGAAACCAAGGAGGCUGAGUGGCCUUCUAAAUUCUGAAAGGGAUUCCGCCUAAUCAACUGCCCGAGGGUGUAUGAAAUUACUCAGAUGCCAACAUGUAGAAGUAGAACUAUUAACUAUUUCGUGACCCGUGUGUAGAAGACCUUCAAUGCUAGAUCCACUUAUAUCACCAGAAAGUAGAAUGUAGCAUUUGGGCCAGCAUAAACAAGUAAUCUCUUUAUUACUUCAUUUAUAUCACCAGCUUCUUGGAUACAUCCUAUUUCUAAGAUUAUUAGAUAUGCUAUCUGCAUAAACAAGCAAUCAUAUGUAUCAUGAUAUACUGUAGAUUAUUAAAACGCGGUAUCUGUGAGUAUUACAAGUCCAUGAUCAUCUUGAAUCAUGGGUGAAAAUCUAAUCUAAGCGUGUGUGUUUUCUAAUUGUUCAA